GUUACUUUCGCUACAACUACAGCACCCAUUCCAGUUACAUUCACUUCCACUGCGAGUACUACAGGUCUCACAACUCUUUCUCCAGGUCCUAACGGCGGUCCGCCAACGGUGGUGACGUUUGCUACCGGUCCUCCUCCUAUCACCCUCACGUCUUUCGGAAGCACGACUGGGGUAACUACAUUCCCUCCGGGUCCAAAUGGCGGCCCUCCUACUGUCGUCACUUUUGCUACGGCCACUGCGCCCAUUCCAGUCACGAUUACUUCAACCGCCAGUACUACGGGCCUUACGACUGUCCCUCCAGGCUCGAAUGGUGGACCUCCUACAGUUAUCACCUUCGUAACAGGACCUCCCGCGGUUACCCUGACUUCGACUGCCAGCACCACUGGUCUCAUCACUAUUCCUGCUGGUCCGAACGGCGGCUCACCAACCAUUAUUACAUUCGCUACCCUACCGCAGCUCACCACGGUCACUCUCACU